UGAUGUAAAAUGACCACGUCCCACGCAACCUCACCGCCUCGUGAAAUCGAGAGUGGUCGCGGUCCCCGAGCGUGUCGUACAUGUGCGCGCGCCAAAGUCAAAUGCGAUAUCCUUUCUGGGUCAUCUGUUUGCAAGCGGUACUCAUCAUUCUGCAAUCGAAUCUUCUUGCUUCGUCGUGAUGGCUAAUGUCUAGCUGAAGAUGCCUUCGACUGAGGAAGGAAUGCACUGGGCAGACGCCAGGAGCCCAUCGUCGCAGCAAACCUCAAAAGGACUCCGUGAGAACUUCACACAAAAUGUCAGGCAUCACAAGGCCAAUACCUCUCAGUAAUGAUGCGACGGGUCUACAGCCAGAAUCGGAUGGCGUCGCUGCAAUCCUCGCCGCCUCAGAGACACUCAGUGGCCAAAUCAUCUCGACUCAAUCCUCAAACUCCAAUGCGGCCUCGCUCGACCCCACAACAUGCGUCCAGCAGAUUAUUGCGAAUGACGACGAGGCCGCUCUGAUACUUGACUCCUACCAGACUCACAUGAGCCUUUACUUUCCAUUCGUCGCCAUUUCGCCCGGACAGACUGUUCAUGAGCUCAAACAGGCCAAGCCCUUCCUCUUCAUGGUCAUUAUGACCGUCGGCUGCCGACAUGACGUCCCACGUCAAACCGCUCUGGCCAGAAAAGCUAGGGAGUUAAUCAGUCACAAAAUGCUCCUCGGCGGAGAACAAAAUCUGGAUCUCCUCCAGGGACUACUCGUAUUCAUAGCAUGGUAUCAUGUCCAGGCCGGUCUCGGCCCGCAAUUGAGCAACCUCACCCAUCUAGCGAUGGCCUUGAUGAUCGACCUUGGCUUGAAUAAAGCUGUAAGUCCGCGCGGUAGACCAGCGUUAGGAUCAAUGGGAUAUUUUCGAGCGUCCGACGGCCAAAACACCACAGAACGAACGCUGGCGGAGAGGAGAGUAUUCCUCGGGAUCUUGUAUGUGACUACAGCUGUAUCCAUAUGGGCCCGUGACAUGGAACCUCUCAAGUAUUCGAUGUAUGCGGACGAGUGCUGUCGAGUCCUCGAGCAAGCCAACGAACAUGCAAAUGACGAGCAGCUUGUGAUUAUGACACGGAUCAUGAGCCUGGUUGGAAAGAUCAAAUCCACAUUUAGCCCCGAGGAAUGGGAGCCAUCCUCAGGCAUGUCCGCGCCCGUCGGGAUUUGUGUCAAGUCUUUCGAAGCGGAGCUAGAACAACUGAAGACCAGGCUACCCACAGGCACGCAAGCUGCAGACUUUGUCUCCCUCCACUAUGCUUUCCUAGAGGUCUUCUUGUACGAGGUUAGCGUCAACGACACCAUCGCCAGCACGAGGUACGGUGCCUUCCCAGUGACACGCUUGAAAAUGCUGUUUACCUGCCUCGACGCGGUCAAACGAUUUUUCGAGAAGUUUCGUACGAUAUCCCCCUCUCUCUACUUCAACUUUACGUAUUUCACCUGGAGUCUGGCGGGCCACGUUAGUGUAGUCCUCUCCAAGCUGUGUAUCUUCGCCGAAGACGGCUGGGACCCGAGUCUCGCCCGCAGCACGAUCGACUUCCCAGCCAUGAUUGAUGAGAUGCAAUCGAAGUUGAGGGUGGCAGCAGACUUAGCAGAACACUCCACGCGCCAACCGCCUCAAGACCGGGCUACUCUGCCCUUCAGUGUUCCGGAGCUGUUCAAGAUGUUCACACAUACCUUGCGAGGGUGGAAGGAGUCGCACAUGUACAAGACGUCCCAGCUUGGACAGCAAUCACAGGCAACCAUACCAACGCCCUCCGGCACAGAUGCACUGCCAUCUGCAGAGUGGGAUGACGGGUUCCUCAACUCAUGGGACGGGAAUCUAUUCGACUUUAUCGACAGUGAUUACUGGCCCCAGCUCACAUGAACAGCCGCUUUAAAAAAGGCCUCGUGAAUGUGAGUUGGAAUAUUAGGGACACAAGCAAUCUGGGACCGUGGUGUGCUGUGCAUCAGCGACAAGUCCUGCUACUCUCAGUAUUGUUCUGUUAGCGUAGGA